AUGUGGCAGCGGCCACAGAUACAGACCAACGACGAUCCCUUCACAACCCCCUCCACGCCCACCAGCACCCGGCUCAAAUGGGCCACCAAUCGCCCUCCCCGAAUACCACUAUUCCGGCUCAGACAUGGACAUGCAAAGAUCGUCUUCGCCCUCUCCAUCCUGGGCCUCUUCGUCAUGAUCCGCCGCCUGAUCCCUUCUUCAACCUACCUUUUACAGCCCAUUGAUCUUCGGAUCUACAGCUCCACCUCCACCACUGCCACUGCCACCACCACUCCCUACGCCGCCUUUCAGCCACCCGAGGCAAGCCCCUACCGCAUCCCCGAUAGCACCGAUGUCUUCCAAUCCUACAAAUUCCGCAACAUCUGCGAUAUCUCCUCUCUAGAUCUUCACGCCCCUUUCAGCCCGCUCUGCGCCGACCGCGCUUCAAUGCUGGCAGCCAUGUCUGGAGGUGGAAGGAUCGGUUACGAUGCCCCCUACAUGCCUCGAGGCUGUGAUAUGCGGUGGUUCAGCACGGAGGAGGUGUGUGAGAUUCUGGGACGCUUCGAGAAAGUUGUGCUGGUAGGAGAUUCGAUGCUGAGGCAUAUUACUGGGAGUUUGAAUGUGCUGGUAAGGAAGGAUUUGGGCUACGGGGCUGUGACGGAUUGGAACUUCUCGUUACAGGAAAGGAGAGAGUGUUUUUGCAACGAGCAGUUUGAUGUCAAGGCUUGCUCAGUCCAGGGGAUAUACAAAACGGCGGAUGUGAUGGCAAAUGAUCCUGCCAGUAUUUCUUGUCCAAACAACAUCAACGUUAUCAUGGAGCAGAUCGUGAAGUACCCGAUCCCCGAGGACGAGAUCAGGCGUUUGAAGGAAGACGUCACUACAUUUGGAAAGAAGCCCAUUGCAGUCAUUCUGGGCCACGGGCUCUGGAGUAACCUCGAUCUCCAAAUGUCCGUCCGCUGGCUGGACGGUGUAAUUGGCGCCAUUCGUGAUAUCUUAGGAUCCGAGUGGACAGGCCUCUUCAUAACUCCCAAUGCGGCCGGGAAAGAGAAGCCCGACGAUUGGAUAGUGACUCAAGGGAACAAGGCCUUGAUGCUUUUCGAGGAAGCAGUCGGAAUGUUGGCGAAGGAAAGGGGUCUGGACCAUCUCGGCACGUGGAACAUGAGUAUCCAAAGUAAUAAGUACGAUGGGGUACAUUUGGACAUGAAGGGCAAUUUGGUGAAGGCCAUGAUGGUUCUUAACUGGCUGAACAUGAUAAAGGCAGAGUAG